UCCAGCCUGGCUGCAGAGUGCUUGCCCCUCACUUCCUCUCUCCAUAGACUCUAGCCCUGUUCCCCCUGGUUGAAGCAGACACUCUGAUUGUCAAUGAGUCUGUCUUUGUCCUGGGAAUUUGGAGAAAACCUGGAUGUGAAGCUGGAAUCCCAUUCUUCCUCUGGGGUUUUGGAAAAAGCGGAGAAUAGUGUGUCUCUUCAGGAAUCUCCCGGACCAAACAUGUGAUAUCUUUCUUUUUUUCUUUCUUUCUUUCUUCUGGAGAAUCAGAUGGCAUCUCUGUGACCAGGGCAUCUUUGGAUAAGUGGCACAGAAGCCUGCAGAGAUCGGGGCGGCGAUACCUCAUUAAAUCACGAUGCCGGAAGGAGCCUUGCAGGAGAGCAGAAAAAGAAUAACCGCUGUCCCCAGGCCAUCGUCUGUCAGUUCUCUGAGUGGCAUCGUCGCCGGGAUGUCAGGCAGCUGUACAUCAGUUAAUACAGUUUGUUCGGACAGUGACCGGCCGGUCAGCCUCAGCUCCUCGGCUUCCUCGGCCUCUCUGCAGGACAGCCAUAGUUCUUUUGGCAGCAUUGGAACUCUGGGAUCUGCCCAAUAUAACAACCCAUAUACCCAGCAAAAUGGUAGUGACAUCAGUCUGGACCUCACUCCAGUGGCCCAACUGGAGGGUGAGCCUGAGGUUCUUGCUGCAGAAAAUGUCUUCCUGGAUUACCCAUGGUCUCCCAUACUCCGAAAAGCGAAAGAUCCCAAAACCAAACUCUCGCAUAUGGACAGAGUAAUCCUUGAAAUUCUCGAAACCGAGCAGGCAUAUGUCAGGGACCUCAAGAGCAUCGUAGAGGAUUACCUGGGCUGCAUUAUAGACUGUGGGCAUCUCCCACUCAAACCAGAACAAGUCAGCACUUUAUUCUGCAAUGUUGAAGAUAUUUAUGAAUUUAACAGUGAGUUACUCGAAGAUCUGGAGAACUGUGAAUCCGCCCACGGGAUUGCAGAGUGUUUUGUCAUGAGGAGUGAAGAGUUUGACAUAUACACCCUUUACUGCAUGAACUACCCCAGCUCAGUGUCUGUCCUGCGAGAGUGCAUGAAGAGUGACGUUCUGGUGCAGUUCUUCAAAGAGCGACAGAUGGUCUUAUCGCACUCCCUCCCACUGGAGACUUAUCUUCUCAAACCUGUGCAGCGUAUAAUGAAAUAUCACCUCCUCCUGCAGGAGUUAGCCAAGCACUUUGAUAAAAAUGCUCCUGGAUAUGAGGUGGUGGAAGAAGCCAUUAUUACAAUGACUGCAGUUGCCUGGUAUAUUAAUGACAUGAAGAGAAAGCAGGAACAUGCUGUUAGACUUCAGGAGAUCCAGAGACAGUUGGUUAACUGGCAGGGUCCAGACCUGGGUGGGUUUGGAGAGCUGGUCCUGGAAGGGACAUUUCGAGUACAACGUGUGAAGAAGGAGAGAGCAUUCUUCUUGUUUAGCAAAAUGAUUCUCAUCGCCAAGAAGCGAACAGAUCUUUUUAUCUAUAAAAUGCACAUCUUUUGCUGUAACUUGGCUCUUACGGAGCAUCUCAAGGAUGCACUGAGUUUCCGGGUGUCAGACUUAACUAUUCCCAAACAUCAGCAAGUGAUCCAGGCUAGAAACCAGGAGGAGAAACGGCUGUGGAUUCAUCAUAUAAAAAGACUGAUUGUGGAAAAUCAUCCAGCGUCCAUCCCUCAAAAGGCAAAGCAAGUUCUUCUAGAAAACACCUACCAACAUUCUCUAGAUUUGCGAAUCUCCCCAGACCCAGUAAAAUCUCCCAGAAUGGAUGAUUUGUGGACUUUUCCGCGGAGCCGUAGACAAUCAGAGCCACCCCAGUACAUGUACAGUCCCCAGAGGACUAAGAAAUCAUUCACUUUAUUGAGUCUGAACAGCAGUUCCCCCCAUCGCCGUGGACGCAGACUGUCUGAGCCAGCCAAGGAAAUCCAGGAAACACUGGAACAUAGAGGUGCGGCACCAUUGAAGCACGCAGGCAGUGAAGGAGAGCUUUUUCCUUCCUCGGGCUCUCUCAAGUCUUCUGACAGUGUCUGUACCUUGGAGUCCAGCAUUCUGGAGACAGCAGGCGAAGUCUGUGAGGAGACCAUAGAGGAAUCUUCUUUCUGUUUGCCAGAAGAUGCCUUGUCUGGCAGCCUCUCUAUCACAGAAGAAAUCAUGGAAUUGCUCAACCAGAGGGGAUUGCGGUCUGAUGUGAAAGACAUGGAGAAUUGCAAUGAUGAUCCACAGAAGCAGACAGUUCUGCCAGAAGCAGAGGAGCAGCUUACUACUGAACCAAAGAUUAUUGGACCACAGGAAGAUCUGAUUGAAGCAAAUAAUAAAGACUCUGCGUCGUUAGAGGAAACUGGAGAUGAAUUACCGGAUACUCUUGUGGCCGACACAAACUCAGAAGAUUGCCCAGGGCACACAGCCACAGGAGAAGGUUGUGUGGAAUCUCCGACAUGCCAAUCACAUUCCACCAGUUAUUGCUCAGAGGAAGGGAAGAAAAAGAAGGCCAGCAAGGAAUGCCCUCUGCAUGUAUUAGAGGAAGAGGAUUCUACAAAUUGCGUAGUAGAGGCUCCCAAACACAGUGAAUUACAAGAGGAACUCUCUCCUUGUGUGGUGGAAGACAAAACACACAUUAAGAGUAAAGAGGGGCAGAACAAAACAGAAACUAAGGAGAAUGGCAAAACGGAGCAAGGAGAUCUGGAAAAGGCAAACGAAGGUCAGAUUGAAAAAUGUGUGAAGGUCAAGAGAGACUCCACCCUGACCCAUGAUGACCGUUUGCUGAUUGAAAGAAUCAAACAUUACUAUGAAACCGCAGAGGCUGGGGCUUCGUUUCUGGGUAAGGAGGACAGCAUCUGCUACAUCCCAACUGGGGUAGUGAAGGACUCAAUUUUGAGAUUCAAUUAUAUCCUACAGCAGGAGGUAAAAAAAGAUAGGGAAAGGAGUUUAUGUGAGAACAAUGGCUGUACCAUCAAUAGUAAGCAGACCAGUCCACCAAGGAAAUUACAGUCAUGUAUAGAUAAGGAGUGUGACCGACCCAACACCCUUCUGGGAAACACUAGUUCUGUAAAGCUUCCUUUAGAGCAAGAUUCAGAGUACAAAUCCUGUGCUGAGAUCCGGAAAGCCUGGAAAGAAAAGGAGAAACCAAACAAUCCAGAAAGCCAUGGAGUCCUAAAAAGGCAUGGUAGACAUGAAGAUCAAGACAAUGUGCUAGUCAUUGUGGAGGAGUCUGACCUUGAAACUGGAACCCAGGUGCUCAAAGAAGAUUCUGUGAAAGAAGUCAAAAAGGAGCAGAAGAAAACCAACACAGAAGUAAAAGUUACAAAACAGAACUCUCACCAAAAUUUGGAAGCAGACAACAAAAUUGCAUUCUGUCCUUCUAGUCUGAGCCUGUAUGAAACAGAGGAUAUUUGCCUUAUUGAAAACUCGGAGAAGAUCAUUAACAAGGUACAGCUGCUGGCAAAGAUGUACAGUGAGAAGAUCAGCAGAAUGAAGACUCAAAAAAGAAAUGGUGACAAGAGGUCAGUGAUGCUGAAUAAGGCAAUAACGAGAAGUCUACCGCAAGUCAUUGAGGACAGACCAAGAGGAAGAAACAUGGCAGAGCCUCAGCAGUAUGGUCAUGUAUUGGUCAGCGAGACACUUCUACAUAUUAAGUGUGUUCAAGAGAAUGGUCUUCUGUUGACAGCCCCCCGUGAGAAUUCGUCAGACCUGUCCAAAGAGGACAUGAAAAUAGAGACCUCCAUGGCUGAACCUUCAAAAUGUGAGCGAACUGCAGAAGCUGAUAAAUCAAGAGACGAGUUACCUCUAAGCUGUGGGUCAGAGAAACCAUAUUUAAACCACCUUUUCGAAAUGCCAAGUGAGCAUAUUGAAAGUGCGGAAUGUUCAGUUAAACAAUGCACGACAGUAGCCAUUGAAAACACAUCAAUUACCUCUGUGUCCGUUCUGGAAUGUUUACCGGCUACCAGUAUUCUGUCUACUUGUGAUAAUGGGACGACUGACAUCUGUGGGCCUACAGACCAACUGUCAGAGGUAAAAGAAGGCAGUAAUGCUGGAGUAUUUUCUGAACACGUUGAAGAGAAUAAGGAAGUUGCUGAUGUGUCAGGUGAAAUCAGUCAACAAUGUACGGAAUUAUAUUCAGCCAAUGUUUCAAUACCAGAUGAUGGUACAUUAUGGCCACCACCUACUGAAGAUCAAAACUUCAACAAUAAUAAAGAAGAAGAAAAUGUCACAGAGGUAAAAUUGUAUUUGGAUGGGACAGAACCUACAUUGACUUCUAAUUCUAAGUUUGAAAACAUCUUCAAGAAGAAGAAUGACGGGGAACACAAACAACUAGAGACAAUAGAUAAUCCAAACACAAAGGGGAUUCCUAACCUACCACAAACAAAGGUCCUUGAAGACUGUCCAGCAAAUUAUAGUUCCUCUGUCAAUGACCAGCCUAACACUGAAGGGAGGACUCCACCCCUGCACGCCAUAGAAAAUAUCUCAAGUUUACAUUCUGAAGAUCAGAGUGUUCACACGUGCCUUAUGACUGCAGCUAAACCAAAAAGGCAGACAUGCUCACCUUCAGUGGUGGAUGUUAUGCAGAGAUUGCAACUGGACUCCUCAUUUUCUAUCCCAUCAAAAGAAACCAACUCAAAAAAACUGAAUCUGGCGGCACGUUCAUCCUCUUUCAAGAGCAAGACUGCAACUGCUGAGGAUUUCCAGGACAGCCUCCAGACACCAUUACAUCAUACCAAACAUCAGAAACCUGAAUUUGGAGCUACACCAAAAAUCCUCAUACCUUUUGCUUUUCAAAGGAAAUUGUCUAGUGCCAUAGCAUUAUCUAAGUAUUUGCCAGAAACCCAUCAAGGCCAAUGUCUUACAAAGAAGGCACCAAUGACAAAGUCAAAGAGCUCAGAUGUAGAGCUGCAGACUCCACCAAGACACGAAGCACAGAUGAAGAUCACUGAUUCAUCACCAUAUGCACAGCUAGCUCCUUCUACUUUACCAGGAAAUGAGAACAAGCCCAGAGCUUUGAAAAGUAAACUUAUGCGGGACACAAAAGAGGAAGAAGACCAGAAACAAGGUGACACCAAAUCAACACAAACUCUUACCAAAUGUAAGGAUAUAAAUAGCCCCACUACUUUGUCUUCAACUUGCCAGCAAAGAUAUUUUGGGGAGAAGGAAAGCAAACUGCUGGAUAAUCCUGUCUCUUGGUCUCCAUGCAAUGCUGUUCUUAUUGCCUUUCCUUGUCCUUCAUCAAUGAAACCAGCCCCCACUUCCACAGCAUCUGAGCCAAAUUCACGAGUCCAGUCCCCACAGACAAUACGUAACCGAAUGUUUUCACCACCUCCCCAUUAUAGCACAACAACGCCAAAGUCUCCUCGAAUUCCUUCCUUCUCAAGGUCUAGACCUUGCUCAUUUACUCCUCUCUGUUUUAGCCAUAUUGAAAGAUCAUCUUCAUCAUCAGCCAAUUCUACUCCAACAUGCACAAGCCCUCCUGCUCUGCCCUCAUUUUCUAGUCCUCAGUCUGAGCCCUAUGGCUUUCCUCUUCAUACCCGGAGAUCCCGGGGGAACAGCAUCCAUAGUGGAGAAGAUGAAACUGGUUGCCAAAGGAGUGCACUACAUUCACCGAGUUGGUCUGCAGAUGAAGAUAGCCAGUCAGGCUGUACCAACCAGUCACCUUCAUUCCUGAUCCCUGAAGUACAUUCACACACAAGUGGUAUUAGUUCCCAUGAACUAACCAGCAUUCAGUGGCCGGAUGUACGCGAGCUACGCUCAAAGUAUGGACCUCUUAAAGCCCAGAAGAUAACCACUUAUCAAAAGAAAUCUGAUAUAAAACCAUUAAUCUUAAUGAGAUCCUCAAAAUCUCUUGGUGAUGAAUCAGACCAUUAUCUGAAAAGAAUGGGGUCUCUGGAUGCAACCACUUUACCCUCCCGCCAAGAAGAAUCUCUGAAAGAAAUGUCACAUUGUAACAAUGCUGAUAAGUUUGAAGCCCCUGAUACCAAAGACAAAGGCACCUUAAAGGCAAGUUAUUCCACCACCGUUAACAUUCAGAUUGGAGGAAGUGGCAGAAUAUCAUCUUUCAGCACAGCUCAGGUGAGCCUAACCCAUCCUUUACUUCAUGCCCCGGAGUCCCAGGCAUUAAGGAAAAUCAAUGUUAAAGGAAGCACCUUGGAACCAAUGGCAAAGUCGUGAUUUGUGUUGGAGGAGAGGUGGAAAGCCCAGCUAACAAUGAAGAUACAGUAAAUGCUAUAUGAAGUCAGACUUUGUGAUAAGAAAUAGACUAAUGUUACUGGAUAUAAAAAGGGAACAAUCCAAUAGGCCACAAUUUUCACAUUUUAAUGAGAAAAAGCAAUUUGCCAGUUUGCACUUUUCUCCUAUUUAGUUUCUUAUUAUUUUAACAAUAUUCAGAUGGGACCGAACCAUAAAAAAACUGCUCUUAUCCUCUUAGAGGCUCAAUGAAACUGCACUUUGAAAGUAUUUACAUUUGUCCUAACAAAUGCCAGUGUUAUUUGUAUUGAUCGUGCGAUGAAUGGACUCGCCACAUGUAACUGUCAUUCAUUGUGUGAUUGAAUUGUGUAUUGUAUGUAGGGAACAGCCACUCCAUGGGAAGAUAUGUAUUCUGCGGUCAGUUUACUUAUACAUGGUACUAGUACGUGAUUAUUUAGCUCCUUGUCAUCAGUUAGGGUCACUAAAAGCAGAGGUGACGAAAAUGAUUUAUUGGGCACAUUCUCUAAUCUUAAAGUCUAGGGAAAGUUAUUAUUAAAUGUGUACAUACAGAGCAAGCUCUGCUUCUGUGCAUUUGGAAGAUAUCCAUUGGCAUGGUAUGGAAGAGGGGGUGCAGAACAUGGCGUGUAAGAGAGGGAUCCCCUUUAAAGGUAUAGAAUGUAAGUGAGAAUUCGCUCCUUAUGGUAUAGAAAGUAACAACAGGAUCUGCCUCUGACGGUAUAAACAGUAAGAGGGGGAUAUGCAGUUGACGGUAUGAAAUGUAAGAGGGGGAUAUGCAGUUGACGGUAUGAAAUGUAAGAGAGGGAUAUGCAGUUGACGGUAUGAAAUGUAAGAGAGGGAUAUGCAGUUGACGGUAUGAAAUGUAAGAGAGGGAUAUGCAGUUGACGGUAUGAAAUGUAAGAGAGGGAUAUGCAGUUGACGGUAUGAAAUGUAAGAGGGGGAUAUGCAUCUGACGGUAUGAAAUGUAAGAGAGGGAUAUGCAGUUGACGGUAUGAAAUGUAAGAGAGGGAUAUGCAGUUGACGGUAUGAAAUGUAAGAGAGGGAUAUGCAGUUGACGGUAUGAAAUGUAAGAGGGGGAUAUGCAUCUGACGGUAUGAAAUGUAAGAGGGGGAUAUGCAUCUGACGGUAUGAAAUGUAAGAGAGGGAUAUGCAUCUGACGGUAUGAAAUGUAAGAGGGGGAUAUGCAUCU